AGAUGCGUACAAGCACGCAGGCGCAGAAAAGGGUUGUAAUCUUUACUACAGAAGAGAGAAUUAAUUGUGGCAGUGUCUUCUACAACCACUGCAAGCCAGUAACUGAUUAGCGAGAAACCACUUCCCAAAUAAAUCCUUCUACCAUAAUAAACAUGACAGAUGCGGAGAGACAUUCGGGAAGGGGUCACUUCCUUUUGCCAACGGGUCAAGCUAGAUCCGUUUCCGGGAGUUCAACCACAACAUCUCGUAUGAUGGUUCGAAGCAGUGAAAUGGUUCGGCGAAGUCGGAACACAGGAGAGGAAUCUUCCGCAGAGCCAAGGGGUAGUGACUUAACUGCUGUGUCUGACAGCUGUACAACUGAGGAGUCUGAUGCAGAUGUCGAGCAUGAGUCUGAAGCUGGGACUGUCGGUACCAAACGGGAAGAGACAGAAAGUCGACGGUCCCGUGGCCGACCACGACUCACUGAGACCGACCGUGCCCGGCGGCGGCUCGAGUCUCGCCGGAAGUACGAUGUGCGGCGUGUGUAUCUAGGGGAGGCGCACGAAUUGUGGGUGGAGCUGCGGCGGCGGAACGGCUGGACCGAUGCCAAACUGGCGGCUUACUUAAUAGCUGUAGAGAAGAGUUAUAGUAAAAAUAGCAAACAACCAGGAAAUGUCUCCGAACUGAAGUCGAGUCCUGAGAAAUGGAAAAGAAGAAGGCGAAAUAGUGUGAACUCUUUAAGGAAUUUGGCAGUCUGGUAUGAAGAUCACCAUAACUGCUGCCCCUAUGAGCCAGUAUUGUGUGAACUUGAAUCUGUCUUUGGGUUUUCCACCAGAGCUGUAUGGCAGUGUGAGGCAGGACACCACUACCUCCAAGAACUGCACUCACCCCAGAAAAAGGCAUGUGGGCCAGACAUUCAGGCUGAAGCAGACAGCACAUUGACUGAUAAAGAUAAAAAAGAAUUGACUAAUGGUAUAACAGAAGGUGACACCGUGUCUGAAGCUUCUGAGUCUGAUUCUGAUGAACGUGUCAGUUUAAAACAGGUCAGUAAUGGCCCAGUGGACCACCAGAAUCCUGCUGCACAGAAGACUGCUUUGCUAGACUUGACUGAGAAUCCACCAGCUGAGGGGGGCAUAAGCCAACCCUCCAAUGGCUCAUCUAAGUUUGGAACAAUGGUCUGUGUACCUGUACAGGUCAGCACAAACACUGGGACUAUGUAUGACAGUGUUGGACAAGAAGCUGUAGGAGAGGUGGUCAGCAGUUCUCAGAUGGAAAGCAUGGUACAGAAUUCUCAGGUUAUCAUCAUUGCUGGGCCUGGAUAUGAUGCACUGACCUCAGACGGAAUACAUUUAAAUGUAACUGGUGCUGCUGAAGAGGGGGUGCCAUGCACUGUACUAGAUCCAGUAACGUUUAAUCAAGUCUGUGAGCCUAAUGUGUCCACUGUUGAGCAGAACAGUGAGCUGGAGUAUUUAUCGUUAAAGAAUGAAACCAAAGUGCUUGAAAUGAAAAAAGACAUUGAAGAUGCAGUCCCUGAACCAGAUGGUGAGCCAGAUCCAGAAACUGAAUCCGAGAAUCCUGACCUUUCAGCUCUUAUUUAUAAGAUUCCAAAGGAACCAGAAAAGGUUAAGAAAGGCAGGCGGGGACGAAAUACAGACGAGGAUGGAAUGCUAGACAUGUUUCAUUGCCCAUAUGAAGGCUGCAACCAGGUUUACAUUGCACUCAGUAGUUAUCAGAACCAUGUAAAUCUUGUCCAUAGAAAAGGGAAAACAAAAGUGUGCUCCCAUCCAGGAUGUGGCAAAAAGUUUUAUUUAUCUAAUCACCUUAGACGGCAUAUGAUUAUUCACUCUGGCGUUCGGAAUUUCACAUGUGAAACCUGUGGGAAGUCUUUUAAGAGAAAGAACCAUUUGGAAGUGCAUCGCAGGACUCACACGGGAGAGACUCCAUUACAAUGUGAGAUUUGUGGCUUCCAGUGUCGCCAGCGGGCCUCAUUAAAUUGGCACAUGAAGAAGCAUAUUUCGGAGGUUCAGUACAACUUUCGAUGUGAGGAAUGUGGCAAAUGGUUUGAGAAAAGAGACAGUGUAAAAUUCCACAGGCUUAAAAGCCAUCCUGAAUUUCUGACUGCAUGAGUGUACAGGUCUUAAGGUUUUUCUUGUCACAAGUGCAUUUGCUCACUCUGCCUUCUGUCUGCAGGACUGAGAUGUUCUUUUUGUGCUUGCUUGUUGAAUAAGUGAAAGCACCAAUCCCUGCUACUAUGCAGAAUCUGAGGCAGGUUCAUAGAAUGGAAUGGACUAAGAAAGUUAUGCUGGAUUGCACAUAGUUUCUGUUACUCAAAAUGUACCAAAGAAAAAGGAAGUGUACAAGACUUCAAGAGAAGUGACUGCUUCUGUGCACACGCUGGGUAAAUUUCCAUUACUUGAUACAGCAGGAUUGAUAAAUGUGAGUUAGCCUUGACCAAUUUCAGAACUAAAUGGCUGCAGGGUAGUUAUGGUGAAUCUAGAGCUGAGAUGGGCAGGAUGAAAAUGUGAACCAGGUAGUGCAUCAACACAAAUGUGAUGGUCAUCCUUUUUAAGGGAACAACCGUGUGAUAGUCAUUCUUUUUAAGGGUUCUUGUAAAAGAAAAAGAAGGUUUAUCUCUUCAGUUUGCACCUGAAACGCAAGGAAGGGUCCUAUUCUUGCAGAGGAAAGCAAAGUAAUUCACCUCAUGGGUUAGCAUUUUGAAUCUUGUGUAAACAUUAGUUUAGUUGGUGAUCCGUCUUCUGUAUGCAGCAAGAUGGAAAUAAGAGUGCAUUGUGUUUUGCACACCCCCAGAGUCAUUAAAUCUGGUAAGAGGUGGGCCAGCUUACAGAUUUAUUGUGAAGUACAUAUAAUUCUGUUAUAUGUUAAUGAAAAGCAUACCGAUAUUACUGAGUACAUUAUGUCACAGUACACAGGUCCUUUUUUAUUUUGUUUACAAAAUUAAGUGACUUAAAAUUAACACAAACAUUUGAUUCAGUAGCCUCUUUUAUGGAAGUAUACCUUCUUUUCAGAAAAAAAGGUUAUUUUAAAAACUGGAUAGCAAAAAUGCAAGAAAGUGUUGCAAGCCCUGAAUGGCAAGUUAAAGUGUUAAACUUUUAAUGAUGUGCCCAAAUAUAGUUCCAGAAGUAUGUUGCAUUUGAAAUCCAUGCAAAUGCUAUUUUAAAUAUACAAUUCUUUUGUUUUAAACUUGCAAGGGUGCCUUUUAAGAAA